ACACACACGCACAUUCUAUUUGCAAUUUUAAAUAUUCAUGCCAUGUGAUCAUUCCUUUGAUCUGUCAGUCGCUACAUUGUUCAACCCGUACAUCCAUCUUAUUUGUCUGCUCUUUUGCGAUUAUUGUCUUAUAGAUCUGAAUUGAACGGACACAUUUACAGGCUGAUGUUUGGAUACCUGGAAAAUUGAUCAGUAUGGCAGGUCCAGUGCAGAAUUCACACAGGCUGUCCGUGAAAACGUGGACAGAGGAAGAGAGUGACAGAGCUGAGAGCACACCAAGCAGGGCACAGUCAAUGUGUGAUGACACUUCAUCAGAGCUUCAGAGGAUGGCGGCCAUUGACGGAAGAGAUAUUAAUUCCCAGAAUUCCUUGUAUGGACGAGGCGCUUUAUCCAGGUUAGUUAGUAUGGUGAUGACUCUGCGAGAAUGGGCGCAUAAGAGUUUGGGUGAGGAGGCGGAGAGACCGGAUUCCUUCUUAGAACGUUUCAAAGGCCCCGCCAACACGGACGUUCAAGCUCCACCCAGCAGGAAGCGGAAAUGUAAUGUCAAGGUCUUAUCGCCAUCUGAUGAUGCAUACUACUACUGGCUGUUGGUGAUCGGUGCUGCUGUAUUUUAUAAUUGGACCCUGCUAGUUGUCAGGGCCUGUUUUGAUGAGCUCCAAAUGAGAAAUGUAUUGGUAUGGCUGGUACUGGACUACAUAUGUGAUGGAAUCUAUAUCCUGGAUAUAGCUGUUCGUCUCCACACAGGUUUCCUGGAUCAAGGCUUGAUGGUGAAAGAUACGCAACGUCUGAGAGAAACCUACGUUCGAACCUUUCAGUGUAAAAGCGACAUCUGCUCCAUCCUCCCAACCGACCUCCUGUACCUGACUGUUGGAAUCAGCUACACACCCCUUCUUCGGUUCAACCGGCUGCUCCGUCUGCCGCGCCUAUUUGAGUGGUUCGAACGCACUGAGACACGGACCGGCUACCCUAACGCUUUUCGCAUCUGUAAACUGGUUUUGUACAUCCUGGUGAUCAUCCACUGGAACGCUUGUGUGUACUACAGCUUCUCCAAAGUCCUCGGACUGGGCUCUGAUUCUUGGGUCUAUCCCAAUGCAUCCGAUCCUGAGUUUGGCUCCCUGACCAGAAGUUACAUAUACUGUCUGUACUGGUCCACUCUGACGCUGACCACAAUUGGAGAGACACCUCCUCCUGUUAGAGAUGAGGAAUACUUGUUCCUGAUAUUUGACUUUCUAGUUGGUGUUCUGAUUUUUGCCUCCAUCGUGGGCAAUGUCGGAUCCAUGAUCUCCAAUAUGAAUGCCACGAGAGCAGGCUUUCAGAGCCGUGUAGACACACUGAAACACUACAUGCAAUUCAGGCAUGUGAGCAAGAUACUGGAGCAGCGCGUCAUCCGCUGGUUUGACUACCUCUGGACAAAUCAGAAGACGAUAGACGAACAGGAAGUGCUGAGGAGUCUUCCAAAUAAACUCAGAGCGGAGAUAGCUAUCAAUGUUCACCUGGAAACACUAAAGAAGGUGCGUAUUUUCCAGGACUGCGAGGCAGGCCUUCUUGUGGAAUUGGUACUAAAACUUCGACCGCAGGUUUUCAGUCCUGGAGACUACAUCUGUAGAAAGGGAGAUGUGGGUAAGGAGAUGUACAUAAUCAAAGAUGGCCAGCUGGCAGUGGUGGGGGAGGACGGAGCCACCCAAUUUGCCGUUUUGACAUCAGGAAGCUGCUUUGGAGAAAUCAGCAUCCUGAACAUCAGUGGUAGCAAGAUGGGAAACCGGCGAACGGCUAACAUUCGCAGCCUGGGAUACUCAGACCUGUUCUGCCUUUCCAAACAAGACCUGAUGGAUGCACUUCAGGAAUUCCCCCACGCCAGAGCCCAGCUGGAGCAGAGGGGUCGCGACAUUCUGCGGAAGGAGGGGCUUCUGGAAGAAGUAAAUGUGUCCGCGGGGGAGGAGCUUGAGGAAAAGGUGGAGAGGCUGGAAACCAGUCUGGAUAGGCUACAGACAAGUUUGGCCCGUCUACAGAGUGAGUUCAACUCCUCCCAGCUUCGACUGAAACAGCGAAUCACAACGCUUGAACACAACGUAACCACGGUGACAACAGGCAGUGGGUUCCUGUCCGACGGUGUCGAGAGUGUUUUUGGUGGUGACGGUGUGUGCAGUGAAAUCAACAUCCGGCUUUGAAUAAUAAAAAAUAAACUUCUUAUUUUGUCAGAUAUUAACCAACCAUAUUUGAAAAAAUGUUUAACACUUUAUUUUGAAGCUUUCUUAAAGACUUUUUUUCCUCACUGCUCUUUUUCUUGCUAAUUAUACACUCUAUUCAAUGGAAAAUAAGAAUAUUUUGGUGUACAUAACAUUCAUCAACUGUGCCAGUGGACUGUGUUGGAAUGCAUAGUAAAACAAACAUACUGGCUACCACAGAGAUAACCACUACACCAUUGUUACUAUGGAACGUUAAUAAGCCAAAAGAGUGUCCACUUGAAUUGUGUCUAAAGUAACGCUUCAGUUCUUCAUUUACCAACAGAGGGCAUUCAAUUGCCACAAAUGUUAGAACUCCAGUAAUGAGAACUGAAUAUGGCAUAGAUGCAUCAUAUUAGACUUCACAAAUAUAUCUAGUGUCUUCCUGAAUUGGUCUGAAUUUCUCACUCAUAAAAUGAAGCAACCAUUGACUUUCGGUUGGCAUAAUGGGGACAUAGGAAAAUUCCGCUGAUAGCGCUUCUACCAGGGGCAGACUUGCCAUAGGGGAUACCGGAGAAAUCCUUUGUGGGUCUACAGGGUUGGGCUGGUCAGAAACUGGCUAAUCUUUAUCACCAACCGCCCCUUCUCUAACAUCGCCGGGCCCGGACUAUAUUCUAUACUUCACAGAAGACGUUAAAUUUACUUGACCAUUCACUGACUGAGAUUCAUGCUACUGCUUGCAAUCUGUAUUUACACUCAUGGUUUCAUCUUACUCAUCUAAUCUCUUCCGUUAGCCUAACUUAGUUUUAGGUAUCUGGCCAGCCAGUAAAUAUCACAUGUCUUAUCAUAACUGGCCCGCUAGUCAAUUGGACACAAACGGGUGAUACUAAAAAUCCCAGGAGGCACGGGGAAAGCUAGUCGCACAGCACAGAAUAGUAGGGGAGACAUGCAGGGGGUAUUGUAUAGAAUUCUGGUAUCGGAAGUAUCGGAUAUCUUGAUAUUUAUGGAAGUUUUAAACUUUGGCCCCUCUGUGAUUGAGUUUGAUGCCACUGCUCUAGCCUACUCAACACUUGCGUCACUCGCUUGCAGACCAAGCCGUUUUGGAGCGCGAGCCGUCAGCACCUAAACAUAAAUCCUUUAAAGCUUGACUGAGAGAGGUAUGACGGAAGGUGAAUAAAAAUAGAGUCAAGCUAAUCUAACUAUACAAACCCAGGAAUGUUAUAAAAGCCAGCAUAGUUUUAAUCCAUGUUUCCAUACAGGGAGAUUGGUGGAUCCAAAUGUAAUAAAAAACAACAACAAAUAUAUGUUUUUGUAAUCAUCCAAAAUAAUGUGUAUGGGUAUUUUAAGUAGGUAGGUAGGUGAUGCAUUAAGUGGGCAACGCGUCGUGUAUUGAGUGGGCCGGUCUGACCCAAGCCACCUUCCCCCCUCAGUCCGCCUCUGUCUUCUACACAUUAAUGUGGCUAUUCGGCUCAUAUGUUUAAAAAUGGCUCAUAGAUUUAUGUCACCGAUUUUAGAUCCCAUAUGGCUUGGCAAGAGGAGUCAAGCAGUUAAUCUGUAGACUUGGUCAUUAAAUUGCCCAUUUUUUUUUACUGGGUUGUUGACUUUUGCCUAGGUUUUGAAAAAAGUAGCAACAAUGUUGCUACUUCUUUGCUAACAAUGACAUAUUGAGCUACACUAAUCACAGCUAUUGACAUCUUCAAAUGAGGUUCGGGACCACUGAUCAUCGUCAUACCGCCACCUACUGAAACAACAUGCCGCUACCUAGUGAUACAAAAGCAAGACUUUCAUGAUGCCAGUCAGUGAAGCAUUUAUGCUUUGUGUAACGCUGUUGCCGUGGUAACCCAUUCUUUGCUGUAAACAUCGAAGGUGCUUUUAAAGAGACUAAACAUGCUCAAAUUGUAAAAUUUACUUGGCACACACAUUUAAAGUCAAAGAUGUAUUUAUUGAUAUGAUGAUAUCAUGGCUUAAAAUGUGUGGCAAAAUGUGUGAAAAUAUAUUUGUACAAUCAGACUGUUGCACAUCGGGAGGUGCUGUCGAUCCUUCAGCCCAAGGUGGCGGGUUUGAUUUUCAGGCUGGCCUGGUUUUUUGUGUCACUUAGAGAGUUUUACGUUUAAGUUUACUCACUUGCUGGGACUGUUAAGAACAACCAAUUCGUAAUAAAUCCCACCCCCUGAACACAGUACCUCAUGAAUUGCCAUUCUGUUAACUCUCCUCUAAUGUAGCCUCUGCAGCCUUGUCAGCAUGUUGGGACCAAAGUCCAACAUAACAUGAGUGCAAGAUUUCAGGAAGUCACGUAGAAGUUACUUGUGAGCUGUGUGAGAAACUGCUGUGUGAGAAACCGCUGUGUUAAAAAGACAUGGAGACGAUCUUUGUGUUGCUGUACAUCAUGCUGGUAGCGGGAGUGACACCUGUGUCCUCUGCAGCACAGCCAGGACUCUUAGAGAGCCUCCUAAUGGCCACCCAGCAGCAUCCGUGGCUUUGGGGGGUCUAUGUCUUCACUGUUGGACUUCCUGCCAUUCUCUUUGUUAGCUUCAUGUGGCCUGACAAGAGAUUUGGGCCCCCUGAUCAACAGUAUUACUACAAGAAGUCUGAUGAUGCUCAACCAGAUGAUCCUCAGCUGUCACAGUGGAUAGAUGCAGUGGAUACCAGAGGAAAGGCAGCUGUAACGAGGAGGAGAGACACUGGUAAUCAGAAGAAGUGUGACUUAGAACUGAAGGUACAAUUCAACAGAUAAUAUGGAGGUGAUGGAGAUAACGGAUCAUUGAUCAACAAUGCAAAAACAUCAGAGAAGAAAGCCAACACACAAGAGGAUGCUGGGUAAUCACAUCUAUGGCCAUAUUGAGGACUGUAUUAUACCAGCGCCGUACACCCCAUUAAAAUGCAUUGUAUUAAUUAUUCUGACAAUGAUACACUAACUUGCUUCGUUUUCAAAAGUUUACCUUGAUGUAAUUACCAAUUGAUUUACUGUUAAUUUUGUUUGUUUUUUUCCUCUCUGGCUCGGGCUCUGAAAGUGCGCUUUGAUGGAAACAUUGACAGGUGUACUUGUUCGCAAUUAUUUAUUUAUAUGGCAUAGAACUUGUAUGAGUAAUUUAUUGUGAUUAUUGUUGUUAUCAUUAUGGAAAAAUUGUAAAAAAUUGUACCUAUAAAAUUAUUUAUAUUUUAUUUUGAUCAAGAAUAUAAUGUUUUCACCCACAAUACCAAACAUAUAUCUCCCUCGAAAAAUAUUAUAUUUAAAGAACUCUUCAGCUUUUCUAGGUGUAGAAUCGACACUAGAAAACAAUACGUAAUAAUGAACCUCUGAUGAUCUAUGCUGUUGAUUGUGUAACAUCGAUCGUCUCAUCAUCUCAGGUCUGUCAUCUGGUUGUGCAUAUAAAAAAACAAAAAAACCUUUGAGGUGAAAGUGGUCUGUCUUUCAUUAAUACAGUCAGGAUCUGAUACUAACUUCCGCACACACACCAGCUGCACACUGGAUUCCUCUAUGGUCCUCCGAGGAAAAAUGUCUCACUCUGCCACUUUCCGCCUUGUUCUUAGCUUUGGUGUCACGGUUUGGUUCUCUUUCCUGUUUUAUUUUGUAGUUUCAUGUCUCUUGUGUCCCUGGGUUAGCUUCACUUCCUGCCUUGUCCUGUGAUUUCCUGAUUGUUUCCACCUGUGUCCAAUCACCUGCACCUCCCUAGUGUAUUUAAGCCCUGUGUGCCUGUUGUCCCCUGUCGUGUCAUUGUCUAUGUUGUGUUCGGUCUCAACCGUUGUUGGAGCACGUCUCGGUUUUGUUUUGAAUAAAGAGCACCUGUUUGAGAAGCCUGCGUUUGGGUCCUGCCUCCCUCAGCCUGCACCAGCACCGCUUUGUGACAUUUGGACGUUUAUUAGAAAUGACACCAUGCUGCUCAUCAACAGAAUGACAACUCAUGUCUUUUAACGACACUUAUGAAGCUGAAUAAAUGGCCAUGGACAAGCAGGAGCAUCAAAGAGCUGGCAUGAGGAGAGUAAUGAAGGGAAGGAGAAGAGAGAUGGCUGAUCACAGACAAAAGGAGAAGGACUUGAGGGAUGUUGAGCGAAAUUUAAUGAUACCUUCAGGGCCUUGUCUCCUCUGAUUAAAUGUAUAUGCCUAUGGUGCGAUAUGGUUAUUAUGAU